UUUCUCGUUUCUUUCGAACAAACCCAACGGCGGACAAAUCGUUGCCUAGUUACUUCUACACAUUUCAACGUUAGUACAGUGGAGUACUUUACUCGGUACUGACACACUGAGUUACUCGGUCGUAAGUGAAGUACGGAGAGUGGAUUGUGAAGUGGUGCAGUGGUGUCGCCGACAUUUUGGUUUUGAUUUCGAUUUUGGUUUUAACCUGCUCAAGACCCCGUGUGUUUUACCUAGGUAUAUGGCGACGCAAAUUUUGCGAGCUUUUUAAGAAGACCACGACGACACAUCGAAGUUUCGCAGCCAAAAGGACGAACGGACGGAAGAUCAGCUCGAAAAUGGUGGCCGUAGUUGUACCUGUGCCUGUAGUAUUUGUGCCUGUGCUUACGCCUGUGCCCGUACCCCUGCCCGCGUCCAGACCGGUGUCGAGUACGCGUUAUGAAUAACGUUGGCCGAGAUCGUUUUGCAAACAGAACCGUGUUUCGAUACGAUUCUCCAUUAAAAUGAUCACGUGAAAAGAGUAGAAAACGUCAACGCACAGCGCCAAAAAUGCCCGAGAAAAUAUCCGAAUGCUUGGUGGUGCUGAAAGACCAUUUCGAGCAGCCAGUGCCCACGCAAAACGAAUGCCUGGAGGAUCGAAAAUGGUGGUUUUUCUUGCUCUCCAGUAUCUUCACCUUUCUACUCGGAUUACUCAUCGUGCUGCUGUGGAGAGCGUUUUCGUUCUUAUGCUGCCGCAAAGAGCCCGAUCCGUGUCAGCACGAUCAACUUGCCAAGAAGGAGCCCAAGAAUUCCAGGCAGCAGAAGCAAGAGUUCGAGGGCACUUUUAUGACCGAAGCCAAAGACUGGGCUGGCGAGUUGAUUUCCGGUCAGACAACAACUGGAAGAAUUUUGGUUGUCCUUGUGUUCAUUUUAAGCAUCACUUCGUUGAUAAUUUAUUUCAUCGACGCUUCCAGUGAAGAAGUUGAGCGAUGCGUUGGAUGGAGCGAGAACUUUACUCAACAAAUCGAUCUGGCAUUCAACAUCUUUUUUAUGGUUUAUUAUUUUAUCAGGUUCAUAGCUGCCAGUGAUAAAUUAUGGUUCAUGUUGGAAAUGUACUCGUUCGUCGAUUAUUUCACCAUUCCGCCGUCUUUCGUGUCUAUAUAUUUGGGAAGAACGUGGAUCGGGCUGAGAUUUCUGAGAGCUUUAAGAUUGAUGACAGUUCCGGACAUUUUACAGUACCUGAAUAUACUAAAGACAUCGAGCUCGAUACGAUUAGCACAACUUGUAUCUAUUUUCAUAUCGGUAUGGUUGACAGCAGCUGGAAUCAUUCAUUUGCUGGAGAACUCGGGCGAUCCUUUCGAGUUCAAAAAUCCGCAACAGCUUUCGUACUGGACUUGCGUUUACUUUUUAAUCGUUACCAUGUCUACCGUAGGUUACGGUGAUGUUUAUUGUCAGACUAUUUUAGGCCGUACAUUCCUUGUUUUUUUCCUACUAGUUGGUUUGGCAAUUUUUGCGAGUUGUAUUCCAGAAAUUAUCGAUUUAAUUGGCACUAGGCCAAAAUACGGUGGAACGCUGAAAAACGAACGUGGUAGAAGGCAUAUUGUCGUCUGUGGCCAUAUUACGUACGAGUCGGUUUCACAUUUCUUAAAAGACUUUUUGCACGAAGAUAGAGAAGAUGUAGACGUCGAAGUAGUAUUUUUACACAGGAAACCGCCAGAUUUGGAAUUAGAAGGUCUUUUCAAGAGACAUUUUACUACGGUAGAAUUUUUCCAAGGAUCGAUUAUGAAUCCUAUCGAUCUGCAGAGAGUCAAAGUGCACGAAGCGGAUGCUUGUCUUGUACUAGCUAACAAAUACUGCCAAGAUCCGGAUGCCGAAGAUGCUGCCAACAUAAUGAGAGUAAUAUCGAUUAAAAAUUACUCGGAUGAUAUACGAGUUAUCAUACAGUUGAUGCAGUAUCACAAUAAGGCUUAUUUGUUGAAUAUUCCCUCGUGGGAUUGGAAGCAAGGAGACGAUGUCAUUUGUUUGGCCGAAUUAAAGCUGGGAUUCAUAGCUCAAAGUUGUUUAGCUCCAGGAUUUUCCACCAUGAUGGCGAAUCUGUUCGCUAUGAGGUCGUUUAAAACGUCGCCAGAUACCCAAGCGUGGCAAAACGAUUACUUGCAAGGCACAGGCUGUGAAAUGUAUACAGAAACGUUAUCGCCAUCGUUUACCGGAAUGACAUUCCCGCAAGCAAGCGAGUUAUGCUUCACAAAACUGAAACUACUCCUAUUAGCGAUCGAAAUUAAAGGCGAAGGAGGUAAAGACAGCAAAAUAUCGAUAAAUCCUCGCGGCGUCAAGAUCAUGCCAAGCACUCAAGGCUUUUUCAUCGCUCAGUCAGCCGAUGAAGUGAAAAGAGCGUGGUUUUUCUGCAAAGCUUGCCAUAUCGAUAUCAAAGACGAAACGUUGAUUAAAAAAUGCAAAUGCAAACUUUGUGAUGUCGGCAAAGAUAAAGACGAUUAUGCCGGAAAGAAUCAGAAGUUAUUAUAUAACGCCAUAGACGCGUCCGCUAAGCAGAAUUUCUCCAAAGUUCCCUUCAAAAACGAAACAGAUCUGAGUGUUGCGAGGACUAAUCACGAUAGGAAUCCAGAUACUUCCACUUACGCCGGAUAUCAUUUAGCUUACGAAGUGAAAAAGCUCAUGCCUACUAACCGAGGCUCGGUGGGUAGCGAUAUGAAAAAUAACACGCUGCAGGUAGGCAUCGCUGACGACCAAGCCAAAGAUUUCGACUUCGAGCGUACCGAAAUGAAAUACGACUCGACCGGCAUGUUUCACUGGAGUCCGUCCAGAAAUCUGGAAGAAUGUAUACUAGAUAGGAAUCAAGCUGCGAUGACUGUGCUGAACGGGCACGUGGUAGUGUGCCUUUUCGCUGACCCUGAUUCGCCGUUAAUCGGUUUAAGAAACUUGGUGAUGCCUUUGAGAGCUUCCAAUUUCCAUUAUCACGAAUUGAAACACGUCGUUAUCGUGGGCGCCGUCGAGUAUAUCAGAAGAGAGUGGAAAAUGUUGCAAAAUUUACCAAAAAUAUCUGUCUUGAAUGGAUCGCCGUUGAGCAGAGCGGAUUUAAGAGCGGUCAACGUGAACUUGUGCGAUAUGUGUGUUAUAUUAUCGGCCAAAGUGCCCAGUAACGACGACCCUACGUUGGCUGACAAAGAAGCUAUAUUGGCGUCGUUGAAUAUUAAAGCGAUGACUUUCGACGACACUAUCGGCGUUCUUAGUCAAGAGGAAUCAGGCACUAAGUACCAACAACCUGAAGGUAUCAAUUGCACAGGCGGACCAAUCAUUUUACAAAGAAGAGGUUCUGUGUAUGGAGCUAAUGUGCCAAUGAUAACAGAACUCGUCAACGACAGCAACGUGCAAUUUUUGGAUCAAGAUGACGAUGACGAUCCAGAUACCGAGUUGUACUUGACGCAGCCAUUCGCAUGUGGUACUGCGUUUGCCGUCAGUGUGCUCGAUUCGCUCAUGUCUACGACAUAUUUCAAUCAAAAUGCACUGACACUGAUCAGAUCGUUGAUCACUGGAGGAGCUACCCCCGAACUAGAGUUGAUAUUGGCCGAAGGAGCUGGUCUACGAGGCGGCUACAGCACAUCAGACAGUUUAUCAAAUCGAGAUCGUUGCCGAGUGGGUCAGAUAUCGCUGUAUGACGGUCCUCUAGCCCAGUUUGGCGAAAAUGGAAAAUAUGGCGACUUGUUCGUGAACGCGCUGAAAUCGUACGGAAUGCUGUGUAUAGGCUUGUAUAGAUACCUUUUUCGUAGGUUCCGCGAUACGAGCUCGUCUUGCGACGCGUCUUCUAAACGUUAUGUGAUCACCAAUCCGCCGGAUGACUUUCAAUUGUUACCAACCGAUCAAGUUUUCGUACUGAUGCAGUUCGAUCCUGGACUGGAGUAUAAGCCGAAUCAUAAAGGAGGCUCGUCCAGAGGAGGCAAAGAUGAUAAUUCCUGACUUUUGCUGUGUAGCGCGCUCACCGAUGGUCCGUACUCUUACAUUUAAAGCAUCUUAAAUCAUACCACUCCUCCUCCUCCUGCUCGUUCGAUCACAUUGAUUUUCAAAAUAACCACCAAGGCCUAAUUUCGACCCAAAACGAACCAAUGUCAGUCGAGUUCACUUCAUUAUAGUGUUUUUAUUCUCUACCUCUGUCGAGCUUACAUCGUUAACACAGGGUUUAAACUAAAUUCAACUGUGAUCUCAUUAAUACAUCGAUGUAUGUACGUAUACAAUCACGCUGACUUGCUCAAAAUCUCUAUUCGAUCCUUCUCAUUCAGAGGCCUACGCAAACUCGUAUAUUGAUGAAAAAACAAAACCAAAAAAACAGACAGAAAACAUAUUCAAAAAAGGUAGAGGAGGAAGAGGAGAAAUUUAAGAUGAUGAGAUACGGAUUAUCAGUGGGCGUUGCUACACUUUCCAUAAAUGGAUUAAACUUUUGCGAAACUCAUUCAUAACUUAUAAGCAAAGCUAACAGACGACGAAGCGUCUUUUCCGUUUUUAUUUUAUUUCCGUUUCCGAUGCCACGAUGCCAUCGCUGUUGGUAGACGUUUAGAAGUACCCAAUUUUGUUUUUACGUAUUAUUAUCGUUAUCAUCAUUAUUAUUAUUUCAUUUGUUUAUUCAUUUCCCUUUUCUCUUUUUUUUUUUUUUUUUUUGAAAAAUUUUGACUUGGCAGCUCGCUAUUAUAUGAAUGUUUUGUUUGAUGUACCUAGAUGAAAAAUGUAAUACGACGCUUAUUGUUAUUUAUUAUGUACCAGUUGAACAAUUUUGUACUUAUUCGUUAAGUUUUACAAGUUUCCCCUCCUACUUUUUUUUUGUUUCGUUAUUCAAUUUAUGCCCCGUUUAACGAGGUUGUAAAUAUCACUCGAAUUUUUGUAAAUUUUACGCGCAAUAAAAAUACGUUACUCGAGAA